AUCUGUCGAAGUUCAUCCAACCGAAAAUGUAUAUAUUUUAAUUGUACAGCGUAGAAUUAAAUUGUACCUUCUUCGCCAGUUAACCAAGUUAUAAGGAUAGUGUAUUUAGAGGUAAACUCUACAUUGUAACUGCCAUGGCCUGAUCUGGUUUAUAAAAUGCUGUUGAUCACCUUGGAUGGACACCAAGACAUCUUGAGAAAAACCCAGUGUAGCUGAGUAUUUUUUUAGAUAUUGUUGAAGACGAAAUAAUGGGAACAUCUUCAUCUAGACCUACAAAUACAACUGGAACUUCAUCUACAGCUGGAACCUCGUCUACAGAUAAAAAUUAUUCUACAGCUCGAACUGAAUCUACAUCAGUUGACAGCUUCUAUUCUAAAUAUAGCUCUGAGCCAAAGACCAGUGUUCCUGUACAAGAAAGUCAAAGACAACUUACAUCGCUUACGAGACAAGAGAAUGCUCCUCAGGAAACUCAAUCCCUUAUUGAUCGACCUACUUUCAGAUCUUUUUCAAGUCAUUUAUUUUCACCUAGAGCUAUUCCGAAAAUGCACAAGAUCUUUACAGACAGAAAAGAAACUGAGUUCGUAUCUCAAUGCCACUGCUCAGGUAUCGUUUUGGAUAAAAUGCAGACAUUAAGGGGAAUUCCACUUGCUGACCUUACAACUACAAUCUUAGACGUUGUUGCAUUUAAAAUAACUUUUAAAGGAUAUCUAAGUUACCCUAACGUCAAACGCUUUAGACGUACGUCAGUACCUAAUCAUGCGAAUGAAACGGUUGCUGGGACUGAUCAAGAGAUUGACUGUUAUUCCGAUGUACAUACACUUUUUAAUGAUGCAAGGAUUUACACAUAUGAAAAACUUUGUAAUAGAAUAAGGCAUGCGGGUCAGAAAAAAGAUAUCAAUUCUAUUAAGUUCCAUUUGAUGCUUGCAAGAGAAAACGAAGUAAAAGGUCUAUGUGAAAUUUUAUGCAUGGAAAAUUCCGAUCAAGAAAUUAGACAUACACUGAAGGGCUUUUUAAAAAGAGAAUUUUACAAAAAGUACAAAGAAAAGUUCAAAGUUUUGAAAAUAUGGUUAGGAAAUAAAGUACCCAAUGAUUAUAGAUUUACAUAUAAGCAAUUUACCCCAGAAAACUUGCGCUUCGAUACUGUAGUCUUUAAUGUGGAACAAAAUACGCAGCCAGUCACAGACAGAUCCUUUUGCGAAUUUCAUCUUGUAAUAGUAUCAAAAAAUGAUUGCAGUACAGAAGCAGAGAGAUUACUUCAAUAUGAGUCACAGGAACCUACUGAAACAGCCGUGUUUUUGUCCGAAUACGAAAUAUCAGACUUAAUGAAUAAGCACAGUAACAUCACUAUGAUUAAUUUUUCUAGGAUUCAUUCAUAUGGUUAUAAUUCGCAAAACUUUCAUUUACAAAGAACUCCAACCAUUGUAAUUUACUGUCAAGUGAAAGGUGUGAUACCAUUGGGCGAACCAAUGUUCCCGGAGGAAAUAAAUGGUUUCACAGUUGAUGUGAGAGAAGGAAUAUGUGCAUUCGCUAUGGAAAAAAUUCGAAUAAGUGAACAAAUCUCUGCAGAAGAAUGCACUAAAUCAGGGACACUUGGAGGAUUUAUUGACAUUCAACGUGGUAAGUCAUUCUUAACAUGUGCACACGUUGUUCUACCAACAAAUGUAUUGAAAAGCAAUAGGGCAAGUGAUUAUGUCCAAAGAAGGGAAAUAAGGGUGUUUGAUAAAGAAAUGAGAGAAAUUGGCAGACUUACAAAGGCAGUUUUUAAUCAUGGACAAGCCGCAGAAGUUAGUAUUGAUGCAGUCAUCGUUGAGAUCACAGACACCCGUAGAUAUCCUUGUGAUGGAAAUUUUGCUGACGUCUUUUCAGUUAAUCAAUUAAACGGAGCAGGUUUCUCGAGUGCUCAAGGACCCCAUUUUUCGAAUGGUCAAAUUGAACAGAUCUCUACAUUCAAUUUUCGGAAACAAGUUAUAAAAAUUGGUGCCUCUAGUGGAAUAACCCUAGGUUGGUUGAGAACAGGAAGAAGUUGUGCUCAAAUUAUCGACGACUACGAUAUUGAUAUCGAUGGAUUAUUCCGAAUUCGACUUUUUGGACAGUUAGAGGUUCUGCCAAGAAUAGAUCCAUCCCAGUCGUCUGAUUCACAUCAACCUUUUGUAAGAAGUGGAGAUUCCGGUGCUCUGGUUUUUUCCAUUUGUAAUGAUAAUCCCAUUGUUUUAAAAUGUAUAGGAAUAGUUGUGGCUAUGACGUCAUAUGGAGCAUGCCUCAUGACGCCGAUAGACAAAGUCCUUGAUGCUCUUGAUCUUAAAUAUGACUGUUUCUCGAAAUUUUCUGUACCAAGCAGCAGUCAACAAACUGACUCGGAAGACCUUCGGAGUUUACUUUGGUCGAUAACCCAGCAGCUUACUGUAGUGCAGUCAAACAUGGCUACAAAAGGUGACAUUCAAAAUACAAAUGCAAAUAUUGGAAAUCUAAAAAGUGAUUUAGAAAAAUUCAAUGACAGGUUAACAAUGGCAGAAGAGGAAAUUCAAAAGACAAGAGGAGCUGAAGGGAAUGACGACAGUCAUUAAAUAUGUCGAAUAUGUUACAAAGAGGAUCUGCGCAAACUGAAUCUUAAAAACCGUCCAAUACAAUAAUAAUACCGUUACCAACACAGAUUGAAGAAUAAAAUUGUAGUACUAUAUUAAUUUAUGUGUAAAGAAUGACAUGAACCUUUUUUAAUAAGAAACUUAUUGAAAUUACCAUAUAGCAUAGAAAAUAAAAAGAAAUAUUUUGA